AAAUACACAGUAUUUUGUAUGCAGUAUUAAAAUAAUGCCAAGACCUUCACGUGAAUCUUACGGCGAUCAAAAGCCUCCGUACUCAUACAUCUCGCUAACUGCAAUGGCCAUUUGGAGCUCCCCCGAAAAGAUGUUGCCCCUAAGUGAUAUAUAUAAAUUUAUAACAGAUCGUUUUCCGUACUAUCGGAAAAAUACUCAGCGUUGGCAAAACUCAUUACGACACAAUCUUAGUUUUAAUGAUUGCUUCAUUAAAGUUCCCAGACGUCCCGACAGGCCGGGUAAGGGGGCUUAUUGGGCAUUACAUCCUCAGGCCUUCGACAUGUUCGAAAACGGAAGUCUAUUGCGACGAAGAAAGCGCUUCAAACUGCACAAGAACGAUAAGCAUCUACUCAAUGAGGAAUUGACCGCCCUGGCAAAUCUCAAUCGGUUUUUCUUCACCGCCCGUUCUGGAAACAGUUUGUCACAGUUGCCUCCGCCCGAUAUUAACAAUGCAGUCAUGGGUGGAGAGUCCGCCAUUCAUUUAUCCCACUACGCAACUCACAUAUCACCGGCGGUGACACAACAUCGGCCAUUAUCACGUGGACAGAGCUCAACUGCUACACAGCCACGGCGUAUAUCACCAAUAAGCACUGAAAAUUCCCAUUUAGCAGAAAUUACGCUAUUUAACUUACGCACAACAAACAAUUUUGAUAUUGAAGGCACCAGCACUUAUCGACCAAAGCGUUCCUUCACCAUCGAGAGUCUAAUCACACCCGAUAAGCCGGAACAAGUCUCCGAAAAGGAUGAAGAUGAUGACGAUCGCACUGAUAUUGAUGUCGUCGAAUGUGGUACAACUUGCAGCAAUAUACUCAGCCUACCACGCGUAUCUCCUGCUGAACCCGAGAUGUCCCUUUGUUCCGAGGACCAACGACAGCAACCCUUGCCACCGCUACAUACAAUAACGGCUGCUGCACAUCUACCGUUCCUACAUUACGCUUCGGGGGUCAACGUAAAUGGCAUAAGUUCCGGAAAUCUACAGUCUGCCGGCUCUACGUAUGAUCUGGCGAUUACGCACCCGCUUCUUAUGAUGUCUACGCCCAUUGGAAAUAUACAUAACAGCUAUUGUAACAAUUUUUCUAUUAUACCACCGCCACAAACAUACCGGUCCCCGGAAGUUCAAAAUAGAAUAAUCUCUGGUAUGCGAACCAUAUAGAUGAGAUGACUUGACUUAAAGUUAGGCUUACUUUAGCAUAGUAAGUGUAGACCAACUCUUGUCGAUGUACAUAAAGA